AAAGUACAACGCGUGGACAGUCUGCGCUCAACCGUCGACAAAGCGGCACGUUGCUAGAUUCUGUAAUUAAAGCAGUAGUGAGUUCGCGAGGUGUGCCGUGUUCAACAAUUAUGAAUACUUGUGCAGUGCUCUCCGGGAUUAAACAUAAAUAAUAGGACGAACAAGUUCAGCAUGUGGCGAUCGGCCUCGAUGGGGGCGCGGCUCUGCGCAGGAGCUGUGCUGGUGAUGUCGCUCACGCUCGGAGCCGGUCGCCGGGAGUUCAGGGAUCCGAUCAAACAGCACGACAUCUCGCUGUGGAUCGACGAGAGGCAGGUCCGGAUGUUCAGUGGUAUAUCAAUGCAAGUGUUCGCCAUUGUGAACGGUCACGUCUCGCCCUACGUGCUGGACCCGAACUUUUCCAAUAAGCUCCCGAUCAUACCUUCCGAAGUUGGCUACGUAAACUUCACGUGGAAAUCGAAGAAGAGAUAUUACUACAAUUUCGACACCUUGAAGUCAUCUGAUCUCAAAAUAUUGAAAGCACCUGUGCUGUCGAUAAAGACGCAGGGGCGGGUGCCAAAAACGGCUAAAGAAUUCAGUAUAAUACUGCCGUGCGUGGGCAACAGCAGCGGUGUAGCAACAUUUGAGAUAGGUUUAGUGCUGAAAAACGCACGUGGACUGCCGUUAAAAGGCACCCCUUUAAGAUUAAACCUAAAGAAGGAAUGCGCACAUAGAGCUGGGACUGCGACGCCUCUGCUCACUACGUUUGCGAUUUUAGGGCCGGACCCGGAGUGCGACAAGAAGUGCGCUAACCAGGGCUGGUGCAACGAGGAGAAGAUCUGCCAGUGCCCCGAGGGGUACAUGGGGCAGCACUGCCGCACGGCGCUGUGCUACCCGCAGUGCAUGAACGGCGGCAACUGCACCGCGCCCGGCCUCUGCUCCUGUCCGCAGGGCUACCAGGGCCGACACUGCGAGGGAGGUAUAUGUGCACAGAAAUGUAUGAACGGUGGAAAAUGUAUCCAGAAGGAUACCUGUUUCUGUCCUAAAGGACAUUACGGACGGAGAUGCGAAUUUUCAAAAUGUGUAAUCCCAUGCUUGAACGGCGGUCGUUGUGUCGGCGUGAACAAGUGCCGGUGCCCGGCGGGGCUGGGCGGCGACCACUGCGAGGUGGGGCGGCGCGGGGAGUGCAGGGGGGCGUGUCGCCGCGGCCGGUGUCGCGAGCCCGGCUGGCGGGGACGAGCCUGCCACCGACCUCCUGGUUCUUCAGAGGAAUCAGGCGAAUACAAAAAGCCACGAUAAUAUAUAGGUUAAACACAAAUACUUAAUGUGAUUUUAUUAUUAAAAUACAAAACUAUGAUAUGUACUUUUCAUACAUAUACAUAUUAUUAUAAUUUAGUCAUGUAGAACAUACAGCAUUUAGUUGUAUACUUAAAUGUAGAAAUAUGCAAUAUAUUGAGAUUAUAAAUAUA